AUGGGAACGGUAGAGAUUCAGGUACAGCAUAUGGGCGUGGCCAAAGUAUUGAGAGCGCUAGUGACAACGCGUGGUUGUAGCAUUAUCGGUCGAGAUUGGAUCUCGGAACUGGAUUUGAGUGCGCUCAGUUUGAAGCAACUGCAGCUAGGCGAGGUGUCCUCAGCUGCGCAGUCCAAUUUGCGGGAAGCGUAUAAUCAGAUCCCCGUAGAUGAGGAUAGUAGCAAGCUGCUAGUGAUAAACACCCACAAGGGGUUGUUCAAAUAUAACCGAUUACCGUUCGGUGUGGCGAGUGCGCCAAGUAUAUUUCAGCAGGUGAUGGAGAAUAUCUUGCAGGAUUGCGAAGGUGUAGCGAUAUAUCUGGAUGAUAUCAUCAUCAUUGGGCGCGACGAGGCCGAAUGUUUGAGAAAUCUUGAAGCACUACUGGCUAGAUUAGAGCAGUACGAUCUGACUGUGAAGAAGGACAAGUGUGAGUUCAUGGUCGAUUCUGUCGAAUACUUGGGUUUUAUUAUUGACUGA